UCCAAGACCUACUCUCAUACUACUGGUGCUCUUGAUACAAUGAAAAUAUGUAUGUAUACACAUACAAACAAUAAGGGGGCAGUACAGUCGGCCUAAGGCAAGCAUAGCAAAAUGGGACGAUAUAUAUAUAUAUAUAUUGUCAUUGUGUUUGUCGAUCCAUUUGCUCCAGUAGCUGGCUAGCUUGGGCAACUGCGUUGACUGUCCAUAGGCCAGCUUGUGGGUGGAAUAUCAGCGUGUUUGCAACGGAGCAAAGCUGGUAAUAGAUCAGACAGUUUUCCACGGCUUUAUCGAUUCUCUCCAAUGGCAAGUUUUCUGACGACACAGGUUGCAGUGCCCCUAUCAUGGCUGGACGUUCAAUGGUCAAGGCCAAUGCACAAGAAUCCCUCAAGCCGACGAAUCAUCGCAGAAAGCCCGACUAUCUCCACGUGCUUGCCUAUCCAUGUUGCCUACAGAGGAAAGGAACGGUCUUUUGUUCCUUUGGGCAGCGGGGCUAUACGGAGAUCCGGAACCACCAGAUCAUCAAGCGUCGCAGAGAUAAACCUCAGCUCCAAGCGUCUGGGGUGGUGUCCUACAAGGCUCCCAAUCACGUUUGGUCUUUGACAGAUCGCAAGGACUCAUAUCGUGACUGGAACAUCGUCUAUGCUGCCCCAAUUUGCCCUGGUCGUAGCCGGAUCUUUGUGCGUGUGGUCUUUGAAGUGCCGAAAGUCCCCAUGCCUUUGCGACAGAUCUUCCAAGUGGUAUUCUCUCCUUCCUUGCCGCCCUGGGUCACCCACUUGUUGAACCACAACGUCCUUGAAGAUGACAAUGUCUUUUUACACUACCAAGGUGAAACGAUGGCGCCUGAUGGCAAGCAGGAUGCGAAGUGGCAAGAGCGCUUCUACACGCCUACCAGCUCAGAUGCUGCAGUACUCUGCUACCAUCGGUGGCUUCAAGAUGUGGGUGGAGGGGUGCAUUGGGCCCGGGAUCCCUCAACGUCAAUCAAGAGGAAGGGGAGAGAGGAGCUGCUUGAACGUCUUCACUCGCACACGGAUCAUUGUUGGAGCUGCUCAGAGGCAUUGGCCCUGUCACAAAUGCUUCAGAGCUGGGGUCGACCUUUGCUGCUUUUGGCGUCGCUUGAUCCAAUCAGCAAAGUUUACACGUUUUUGAAGGCCGUGACCUUCAGGACACACACACACACACGCAGAUAUACAUAUAUAUUAUAUUAUAUUAAAUUAUAUUAA